CCGGGCCCUUCCGUCCGCUCUGCUUGUUUCCAGGGGGACGCUGAGGGUUGGGACGUCUGUCUCUCCGGGCAACGGCGCGGCUGCUGCCUUGGGCCUUGCGAGGUACCAGGAUGAUAGUGAUCUUCUUAAAGCAGGUGGCAUAUUGCAGAUGAGUUGGUUUAAACAAGCAAGGUAACAAAAGAAAGGUAUAGCAGUAAUAUGUACACAUCACCCAGACAGAUUUCCCCUCUCUGGCUGCAUCUUUGUUCUCCGGUUGACAUUUCUAAGUUGAGAAAGAGUCAUUAAGCAGUUUCAAAAUAACAGAAAAGGAAAAGGGCCCGAAGCAAAAGUUUGGACACCCUGCAUGCAGUGAAAUAUUCCCCGUGCCACUGGCUGCAACACAGGCUCAAAGCAUGAUCGAUCCACUCCUGUGCUUAACAAUUAGAGAGGUGUUCUUUUCAUGAAAUUCUGAACCCUUUUUUCUCCAAACUUUCCUGCGUCCUCACCACAAAAUUCAGCGUCAGAAGUUUGAAAAGGAACAUCUAAACAAGCCUGAUGCAGUUUGGAAACAAGUCCUGUGGACUGAUGAAGUUAAAAUAGAACUUUUUGGCUGCAAUGAGCAAAGGUGUAUUUCAUGUUUCUAAUAUUGCAAGAGAUGGGAAGAAUGUUGACAAUACGAUCAAGUUUGCCAUGCUUAGCACAUGUGUUAAAAGCAAAAGUGGCACAAGAGAGAGCUAUUUCACUAUGUCCUAUCCAUGGAAACACACAAAAACUAUCUUCUAUUCAUGCAAUUUCUAAAUUUAGCACAAAGAAGCUUGAGAGUAUUAUUUUUCCAUUGAAAGACUUGGAACAGUACUUGGUCAAGAAUGUAAAUAAAAUGAACUUUCAAGUGUUUGCUCCAAGUUUUGAGGAUAUUGCUGCUGCGGAACGAUUCUUCACACCUUCGAAAAAGCACAGUAUAGAUUAUUUCACCUCUGCCAUCAGGAUUGAUCAUGCACCAGUGACAUCUCAGCCAGAGGUAUGUUUUAUAGGAAGAAGCAAUGUUGGAAAGUCUUCAUUGAUAAAAGCAUUGUUUUCCUUGGUUCCUGGAACUGAAGUUAGAGUUUCCAAAAAUCCUGGGCAUACAAAGAAAAUGAAUUUCUUUAAAGUGGGAAAGGCUUUUACUGUGGUAGAUAUGCCUGGUUAUGGAUACAGGGCACCUUCUGAUUUUGUGGAAAUGGUGGAGAUCUAUCUUCAAGCAAGACAGAACUUAAAGAGAACAUUUUUAUUAUUGGAUGGUUCAAUAGGAAUUCAAGAAGCAGACCAAAUAGCAAUUGAGAUGUGUGAGGAGUUUGGAAUUCCGUAUGUCCUAGUAUUAACGAAGACUGACAGACCUCAGCGGGGCAAUCUAUUGAAGGUGAUCAUGGAUGUUCAAGAAGUGAUAGAGAAGCAAACUCUAGGGUGUUUUCCUCAGCAGUUUCUCGUGAGUUCUUUGAAUUACUCCGGAAUUCAUCUUUUAAGAUGCUUUAUUGCUCACGUAACUGGGAAUCUUCAGAUUAAUGAGGAUAUCUCCAUUUCUUCUUCGUGAACAGUGGAAAAUUCUGAAAGGAUGUGAAAGUUGACUUCAGAACAUCACCAUAACAAAACUUAGGUUAAGCACUGAAUUCAUGAAACUCACCUGCUGAACAGAGAUUGCAAACCUAAGGUCAAUUUAAAUUCAACCCAAUUAUGAUGAUGUAUAUUAAUAAAAAUUAUUACAUUGUGUAAUA